AUGGAGCGUUUGCAUUACUGUUUACAAGCAGCAAAUGGAAUAAAAUAUUUGCACGACUUAAACAUUGUGUAUCAUGAUUUUAAGCCUUUAAAUAUUUUAGUUCAGGGCACUUUAAGUAAUAUAGUGAUCAAACUUUCUGAUAUUUGUGACCUCGCUAUAAUGAAGGAAACAAUGGCAACAAAAACUAAGGUAAAAGCUGGGUUUGCUGGUUUAACUAUAGCUUAUCUUUCUCCUGAAAUUUGCAAUCGAACUGUAAAUAUUGUCACUAAAGAGUCACAUGUUUAUGCAAUGUCAUUAUCUUUUUUUGAAAUUAUGUCAGGAUUAGGCUUACCGUGGUAA